CGUAUGUGAUAAACAGACCAGGAGGCGAGAAUUGAUGAGAAAGUGAUGUUCCAGGUGGCUUCUUGAGAGAGUGUUAGGGAGACAAUGGCUGAGGCCCGGGGAUUCUGCCGUACGAGCGGUGAACGAGCUCGGACCUACAGGUGCGACAGAGAGCUUGAAAUGUUGCUUCCUUGGCUCAACUCUUUGAAACCUGAGAAGAGAAUGAUCUGAUAACGCACUUUAUAUCUUCGCUAGGCACAAAUCUAGGUGAUCUGUAUAACAGCUUCCCUUCACUUCUCAUUGUCGAGGGUUGAGUGUUGAAUGGGUGAUUGAGUUGAUCCCCGACGCUCGGAAGUGGAUAGCGUUCAGCGCAAACGGUGAAGCAAUCAACACUGGUCUUCACCCGUUUCCCCCAUUAUUUGUCUGUCAAAUCAGUCCAAUAUCUUACCUGUUCCUGAAAUUUUUAACGACCAUGGCGUAUACCGAUGAUUCAGUUAAGGCCAAGCUGUCUGCUCUGAAUGAGACACAGGAGGGCAUUGUGACCGUCGCGCAAUGGGUUAUGUUUCACAGACGGCAUGCCGAGCGGACUGCACAACUCUGGCUCCAGAAGCUCCGCGAAUCUCCGGCCGCGAAACGCCUCAACCUUAUAUACCUCGCAAACGAGGUUGCACAGCAGUCAAGAGCACGCCGUAAAGAAGAUUUUCUUAUUGCCUUUUCGCCGAUCAUUGCCGAAGCCGUGACAACUGCAUACAAGGGUUCCUCAAAUGAUAUUCAGCAGAAGAUCAGGCGCGUGGUUGAAGUUUGGAGACAACGGUCUAUUUUUGAACCUCCAAUCCAGGACGCAGUCGAAGCCCGCGUGGAUGAAAUCGACAAGUCACGCUCCACCGGCAAGAAGCCGUUGCUCGGUGGCUCGCUAUUUUCGAGUCCAUCCGGUUCAACACCGUCGGAGUUACAACCAUUGGUUCCGCUACAGGUAUCACUUUCAAAGGCGGCCGUUGCAUCUGGGACGUCUGGAACGGCAGCCAAUUCAGAAUAUGAAAAGAUGAAUGAUCCCAAUGCGCCAUUACCGACCCCUCCAGUCCAUGCGGCCCGUCUUAGUCAACUUCUGAAAACGCUUGCAAAUGCAGAAAGCUCCGUAUCAGAGGUCAUCAAGUCACGCGCUGCCCUUAUUGAUGGGUUGGAAAAGAUUCUUGAAACCAAUCGUACAGCUCUGUCGAAGGAGGAAGCUCUGGCAGUGCAGCUGCAGGAAAGGAAGGCCGAAACUGAAGCGAAGAAACGAGAUGUCGAGGAUGCAAUAAUGAGAGGCCUUUCCGCCGAGAACACUCCAGCGGCCGAACUAGGAGCUACUGGGGCCACUGGAGACGCCGUUUCUCGCCCAGAAGUGGAAGCUCUCACGCCGCCUCCUGUUGAGGCUAUUACACCAGUUGACUCGCCGAAACGAGAGCUGCAGGGCGAGGCAUCCAAUGAGGAGAACGGAGGUCACUCGAUUACGGGCUUUUCUUUGGGAUUCGACAACCCUAUCGAUGCUUCCAUUCCUGGACUCAGCGGCCCAGGCCAACCUUCCACAACAGGGUAUGGAGAGGUCACGCAAGACAGUAUGAACGGAUUCCAGGCCAAGAAGAGGAAAGUCGCACAUGAAGAGGAGGACUAUGCAAAGUUCGCAGGCGGCGAUCUCGAUGCGGAUGUUGCAGAGCUAUUGAACCAGGAAAGCCAGGCCCAGGGUUGAGUUAUGCUAUGGGUGGUGUAUUUGUCAAAGCGAAUAUAAGCUGCGAACAAUCCUUCUUUCUUCCCACAUUUUCUUAUUGUUGGCGACCGCCUUAUGGAUCUUUGUAACAAUUACCUUUGUCUUCUCCGUUUCCUUUACAUCGAAAUUCUUGUCUGGGACUUGGCAUCAUAGUUCUUAAUUCGUGGCGAGUGCACGGAUAUUGGUGCGUCUAUGAAAUAUAACUAGAAAACAACCUUUCACUACUAUGGCCAAUGGUCAUCAUCAAAUAAGGAUAAUAUUCUCAAAGCUAUCAUCAUGGUAUCUCUAGAAAACAUAAAUAACUAUCGAUAUAUAUC